GUGGUACUCAACUGAACGUUUAAAAUACCAUGGCUUUCUACACGCACUGCAAAGUGAUCCCAAGUCAUGACCAGUCCCCAACUACCCCCUGGCACGUUAGCACAACACUCCUCCUCACCCGAACCCGGCACACAGACUGGUACCAACACUGCCACGGAGCAAGAUCACCCCGCAACGACCGACUCUCAUCCACCUCUGACGCCCUUAUCCGACAUUGCGGCAGCGAUCGCGAGAGGUAGAGACCCACCCUCACUGCAAAGUAACCGACCUACCUCUACAGCUACUGUCUCGCAUGCAACGUCCACGGCGACCGCCAAUACGCCAUCUACGCCUACUACUGCAAAGAGUAGACUGCUUUCACGCACUACGUCCCAACGUCAGCUGCGACUCACCUCUUCAAUAACUGAUGUCAACGCCGGAGAUGCACGGCCGACCGAUGGAUUGCUGCCAAAAGUAGACGAGACGUGGAAGGGUAAUAGGGAUCGACUGGACUCAAACAUUCUCAAAGUGAAAGCGGAUGUUGACGGAGUUACGCUGAGACUCGACAGCUUGGAGGAUUCCAUUGCUUCCUCCAACGAAUCACUUCGCGUUCUCCGAGAAGACAUGCUGUACCAUCAGAAUCAUGUCCAACAAGCCGUGGAGAACCUGCGAGAUAGUCAGACACAUCUACCCCAACGGCAAGACCCUGUCCUACAGGAUAUACUCGCGACAGUUCACCACCUUGAAGAACAACAACGAGACUCGCAUAGGAUUCUUGGUGACACGCGAAAGGCCUAUAAUGACCUCGCCGACCUUGUAUCCUCCCAAUUCCUGACUCGCACCGAAGCACAAGAAGCAAUGUCCAGUCUCAGGACCAGCAUAUCGUCUGUCCAGGCGCAACAAAGUCCUCUUCCUCCUCUGCCUCCACUGACUGCCAUCCCGGCGGUGGCUUCGCAUGUGAAUGCACAACCGGUAACACAUACCGGCACGCCCAAGCCGUCUACCACCAACAUCGGGGCGGCCGUAAUGACCCCGUCUCCGUUUUGGUCGUCAACGGCCGACAACGCCUUCUCCCAUGUUGAGCUCUUUCCGAAUAGCAACUCGAAAGGGAAGAGGCCAGCAGAGAGGGGGUUCGACCGAGGCAAUGUAAAGCGCAACAAACCAGAUUAUUCUACCGUGGUACAUAUGGGAGCCAUGACCUCCACCAACCGUCCAAUGGAUAUUGUCGGUAAGGUACUGAACACCUUCAACUUCCCCCCAAUCGCUGUUACGUUCGCAAAAUGGGUCAGGGGAAAAUAUGGGUUUAUCGAAAUACACUUUCGCUCCAGGGAAACAGCGAAGGAAUUCGUGGAGAUACUCAAUGCAUGCCGUGUUGGUGAUGAGGGUCGACUAUGGGGAGAGAUCCAGAAGGAUGAUGACGAUAAUGAUCUACAUGCAUCGUACGGUGCGGGUCCGUCCACCCGGUGAAUUAUCCCCCACUUUACAUAUCCAAUGCUCAACCGAACUUACCGAUUCUUGUAAAUACUAUCUCACUACAUGAUAAUCUCAGAAUGAUGUCUCAGG